GAAACACCCCUAAGCCGCAUUUCAGGGUUGGUGCCCUUCGGCGCUUUGAGGGCCACUCUCGCACCUCUGGAAAAGCGGGUUCGCACCGCUGCAGGACAUCGGACAAAACAGGACGCGGCAGACGUGUAUUCGAGAUUUGUGAGUGAAUCUUACGAACGAAGUGGGUAUUAUCAGGGGGGGUCUGUGCAGGAGUGUUGGAGACCCUCACUCGCUUGUUGGAGCCUCUUGAGUGAAGCCUGUUGCUCUAAGCGUGUACGGGGGCUGUUUUUCGUUCCUCACUUUCAGGCUUCACUUGGAUCUUACAUUCUUACAACAUUCUUGACAUCUUGGAGAAAAAUAACAUUCUUUUUUGAUUGGCUUUCUUGAUGUAUUCUUAAGUUGGAGGGACAUGGAGAGGUGUGGGGGUAGGCCGCGAAGGGAGCGAGAAGGUAUGAACAGGAAGGGUAAACCAGGAAGAUUGGACGCGUAGCAAAAAAAGAAACACAAUUUGCCACAGGAAAAACCAAGACAAAAUGAAGAACACAUACCUUUGGAAUCAUUUAGACCUUUCGGUUUAACACUUUAAACAUGUUGUAUGUCUUGGACACCAAGCCGCUUGAAGAGGUGGAGGUGAAGCCUUGUGACUGGUCAAGUCUGUUCACCUUGGCCGGUGAGCUGGGCACGAAGCAGUCUCAGGUUUUACGGAAGUUGAGGGAUGAGCAGGAGGAGAAACUUCUUCUUCAAUGCUCAUCGCAGAACACGGUGGCUUCGCCGAGCGUAAAACCGAGAGACGGAGAGGAGAAAGAGGACAAAGAGGAGAAAGAGGAAAGAGGGAGAGAGAAGGGAAAAGCUGAGCCUCGUGCUCCAGGCCUUCGCAGGGAGGGCAGUGCUCCUGCUUUAAAGCGCUCAGAGGCGAAGAAGGUGGCGAGGCCAAAGAGUGCCGCAGUGAGGAGGGACCGGCACUGCCCGGACAUGCCCGCGCCUUUGACCCCCACGAGGUCAACUCAGGCUCCAAAGGCCAAGGCCAAAGCCAAGACAAAGGCAAAGAUCAAACCAAUGCUGCCCAAAGAGGUCAAAGAAGAUGCAAAGCUGGCUGUUCCGAAUCUGGAACUCUCUCAUGGUAUUAUGUGGAGCAGUGAAGGGGAGGAGAUCCCUCUUCAGCGCCGGGAUGAGGUAGCAGAGCUUCUCCAGGAGCUUCAUAACUCUGUGGCGAAUCCUCUUUGCAAGCACUUCCGUAUCAGGUAUGACUAUUUGUUGGAGCAGCAUUGCCAAGAGCGGAAAGCUGGCGUGGCACGGCGGGCGCCGAAAGUCCUUUUCAACGAGGAACGUUACCUUACCACAGUACGUUUGCGGGUCCGAAAGCAUCCGGCCAAAGGUGACCCGCAAAAGGAAAUGAUUGGAAGGGGUACUAUGAUGGCAGUGCUCUUGCAUGAGCUCGCCCACCUGCGCUACAUGAAUCACGGACAAGAGUUUAUGCUCUUCCUGAGAGAGAUCUUUGCAGAGGCUCAUCGACGAGGUUUGUUCAACCCAGAUUUGGUAAAUGAGCUGCCAUCAUGCCGACCGUGGGAAAACCUCAUCUACCAGACUGGUGGUGGUAUUGAUGAUCAGAGCCUGAUGGCAGUCUUUGUGCCGGAUUCCAGUACUUGUGCAACCCCACGGAGCUCCACCCCGAUCCGAGGGCGACCCACUGCUCCUGAGAAGCUGGAGAAGGACAAGGUGGGUGCCAUGCUGAAUGUUCCGACACACGAGCCACGAGCUUCUGAUGCUUCGACCACUCCCAGUGGCCUCAGUGGAGACCGCGAGUCCGUGGACACGGAGACCACGACCAAGACGACCGAGACGACCAACGACCGCUUUUUCAUGAAAAGAGAAGACCGGGACCAAGAAGGUGGUCUUCUCGAGGCAGAACGAGAGAAUGGAAGUCCAAAGGUGCGGCAAAACCGAGUGUUGCGUCCGAAGAAAGCCUAAUGAGGCUUGGCCUUUUUGCUGGAGAGUUCCCUCAAGGGCCAAGCCUCAUUGUUGAAAUCUGCCCAGGGUGGCCAGAAAUUAGCAGAUUUUCAGGAAGACUGAAGUCCCUGAAGACUGACUCAAAAGCAUUGAAGACUGAGCGAUGUACAGAGUGCCUUCUCGAUGUGGCUCAAAGAGCCACAUCGAGCCAAGUGCUCAAAAAGGUCUGCCCUUGCUACGGCCUUGGACAUCCUUAGCGCCCUCAGGUGCCCAGCAGUAAAGCACUUGAGCCUGGCAUGGCAAAUCUUACCUUCUCCCACUGCAUGAUGCUUUGUGGAGGCCAUUCCUAUUCGGUUGGAGGCCCAUCGCCAUUAGGUUG